GAGGACCGACGGAACGCGCGGCGGCCGCCCGCCAGUCGGUCGGUCUCCCGCACCGCCGCCGCCGCCGCCGCCACCGCCGCAGCCACUGCCGCUGUCUGUUUAGCAGCGGCUGCGAGAGACCCAUGAGCGAGUGACACGGGCUUCCCGGCGCACUAUGGCACUCGCCAAUGAGGAAGAUAUGGAGGCGUUCUUCAGUGACGUGGUGCGCUACCGACCGCAGGAGCUGAACCAGCUGGCCAGUGUGACAAAGUUCAGCCGCCGCGAGAUUCAGCACAUCUACAGGGGAUUCAAACAGGAAUGUCCACUGGGAACAGUGGACGAAGACAGAUUUAAACACCUUUUCUCCCAAUUCUUUCCCUUUGGAGAUGCGACAAAGUACGCGCAGUUUGUUUUUGGGACAUUCUGUCCGCCGGGAACGAACAUCAUCAACUUUGAGGAGUUCCUAUCGUCUCUCUCGCUGGUGGCGCGCGGCUCGUUGCAUGACAAGAUCGCGUGGAUCUUCUCGCUGUACGACAUCAACCACGACGGCUUCAUCACCAAGCACGAGAUGACAGAGGUGGUGAGCGCUAUCUACGAGCUGCUCGGCCACGCCAUCGAGCCCGUGCUCGACGCCGGCUCCGUGGAGAGACACGUCAAUGCUGUGUUCGAUCUGAUCGACACCAACGGCGAUGGCGUCAUCACACUGGACGAGAUGGAGCGGUGGUGCACCAGGGACGAAGGCAAUACAAAGUCGCUCGACAUGCUGAACACGGUCUGGUGAGCUCGGUGAGGUUACUGGGACGGAGUCCGUCUCACCCGCGGACCGGGGCGGACGGUCUAGUGAGCUCGGCGAGCGCCGCGCCGGCGCACCUGCCGGGACGCAGUCCGUCUCACCCUCGGACUGAGACGGCAGCAAUCGAACCUGACCCUUCCCAGCCGGCUGCUCCUGCCUGCACAGAGCGGCACCGAAGGCUUGUGUCGACCCCGCCCGCCCGCCCCGCCUCAGCCGUGGCCGACAGCCUGCCCACCACCCCGGCCCGCAAGGUCGGAGCCAGCGCGAGGCUCAAACAUAGUGAUACGAUACAAUCCGCGGAACCUGUCCCAACAACUGUGCAAUAACUCAUCGAGGUUUCGGCCACUGUAGGGAAGGGUUUCAAACGAGCAAUUUGAAAUAAGAUACAAGUGUAACUUGUAAGCCAUUCCAAAGCAAAACACCGUAGCGUCUGUUAUGUAGCCAUGUGUUGAAUUGGCGUCGUGAGGUUUUUGAGAAACGUUUGUUCGUACCUAUAUGUUUGUUUAUGUCAUCUGGAAACAACUAACACUACCUAACGACAUAAAUGGCAUGAGCGAACGAAAACGAUACAUUGAUAUCGGCACAUGGUUUGUUUGAAAUGCCCAGAAACUAUAGGUAUAGUAAACAUUGAUGAUUGGAUGUACUUGAAUUAUGAGGUGCAAACUGAAUUCCAGUGUAAAAUCUUCUUUUCUAAAAGGCACGACCCCGCGCGUGAAUUUUUUCUUCGCCUUUUCCGGAAGAAUGAGUGAGGAGCCGAUUUAGCAUUUUCCCGUAGUCUGUGCCAAAUUUCGCAUCACACCGUGAAAUUGUUGCCAUAAUCUGUAACAAACGGCGGGUGCGAGAGAUGGAACUAAAUUUGUCUAUUUUCCCAUUCAGUGUUGUGUCGCCUCGCAGAGGCUUCUUCACCUAUAGUUCUGAUCGGUGUUCCGGCCGCCGACUGUGUGUGUUUUCAGCUCAGUAGGUCUGUAGUGUAAUACCGGGCCAACUCGGUAAAUUCAGAGUCGUGGGGCCUCUCUGAUUGUCGUUGCUGAGGGCUUCUCUCGCUUAGUUAGCACACGUUUUUGUAAAUACCUUCCUAAAUGAGCGCACUGCUUUUCUCAUGAUGCUGCGUACCUUUCAUAAGUACGUACCUUUCCGAGACAUCUGUUGCCGAUAGCCUUUCCCGCUAAAUGUGUUUGCUGAGGCGAUACGAAGUAGCUAGAAUAAUUGGUUUAAGUGCACAGAGAUGGUGUGCUGAUGUGGGUCGAAGCCCAAACUCGAUAGGUUGCGAGCAGGAGACACCUAGUGCUGAAUGUGUCUCACACGAACUCCUGAUCGGGGUAUACAUCUUGUAUUGUAUGACACCAGUAUGGCCAAAGAUGCUGCAUCACACAACAGCGAUUUCCUUAUUAUGUGUUGUGGUCAAGAUUGCCGUACAAAUUAAACUUAAUGGGAUAAUCAUACGCAUACUCCUCCAUUGAGCCUUGAAUUAUUCAGUUAGCGUGUAGCUUCGAUCGUUAAAAUGUCAGGCAGAGAAGAGGCACAUUAGACGGAAAUGAUCAUCUUCAAGCUUUCCCAGAUACCUUUAUAUAUUUAGGUGUUGUUGAACGCUUGUGUGUAAAUACAUUCAAUAUUCGUU